GCAUAGCCAAUUGAAUCAUUAAAAAGUAAACUGUAUAGCGGUGGAGGAAGGCACAACACUCUUGUGGCAUGUUGGGAUUCGUAGCCAGUUUUUAACCGCGUAACAGUUCUCCUUUCACGUGCCAAAACCGCCGAAUUACCUCGUGCGGCGUUCGAUUGGGAGCCCGUUUUCAACAGCGUAACAGACUAACGAUACUCAUUUCACGGUCGUGUCAUCCUCGAGAGCUUCAACCCCAACUCCUCUCGUUCUCGUCCGCCCUCUUCCUCCUCCAUCCCUCUCCCAUUCCUGUCCUUCCUCAAGAACGUCUGUACUGCGCUCCAGCUGUCAGGUCGCAGGCGAAGGAGCUCCGAUCAUCCCUCCAGCGGACCGAUCUCGCACUCGCCCAUUCGAUCUCGGUCGGCCAGCCGGCGUCUCCGAUCUCACCUCCGCGCUCCGAUCUCACCUCCGCGCUCCGAUCGAAAUAAUUGGAAGAAUGGGAUGAGAGGCAAAUGUAAAACUAAUUUACUGAUGUCGGUGGCUGACAACAAAACUAAUGCUAGCUGGACUACUAAUUGGGGAAUUGCUAAUCCUGCAUUGCCUAUUCAGUUCAACAUCACAAACUUUCGAAACCUUUGACGUCCCUCUGGAUUUAUUGUAACUUUUGGCUUCUUUCCUGCUUGGUUGUCUUUAAGCAGUCCAGAAUGACCAAAGAUUGGUCGCAUGGUGAAGUUUUAAAGGCACUCUUUCCUCUACUAGAUGGUAAAGACCUGGCCUCGUGCAUGCUGGUAUGCCGUCAGUGGAGAGACAUUGCUAAGGAGGACUACGUUUGGAAGUGCAUUUGUGCCAAGAGAUGGCCUUCUAUCUGCAGAAGACCUCUUCCUGCCCUUAGCUACUUCAAGCUUUUCAAAACCUUCUCCGGAAACCAGCGCCCUCAGCCUCUUCUUCCACCAAGGUUAUCCUUCAAUGAUUUAGAAUUCUACAUCGAUCUUUGGUCUGAAAAAAAGCUGAUCUUCUCGGAAGCCAUCUCAGGCUCUAUGCUCCGGACAGGGAUAAAAAACCCACCUCCCGGCAUAUCUGAUAUCCUCAAGGUACACCUUGAUGGCCCUGAUUACAAGAUGAUAGUGCAAGCAGAGCCAAGGUUCACCAUUACUUUGGGAAGUACCAUCAGUGUGUCCGUUCUUGUGGGUCGAAAGGAUACCAAUCAGAUUGCAUGCAUCGUAAGAGACUCUUUCUUUGAUUAUGUUGAUGGCAGUGCCUUCAGAGCACUUGCCUAUGCCUAUCUCAAUUUUUCACCCGGACAUCCAUUCAUAUCUGAAAUUAGAGCUUGGGUGUCCUUGCUAUUUGUGGCCAAUGGCAAUGACAAUGCCAUUGAUGUGUUUGGGAUUGAGAUAGACUUUUGUGAUGCUGCAAGCAAAGAGCACGAAGUAUUGUGGCUUCUAGACAUGCUUGAUUGGAAAUGACCGCUGCAUUUUGCUGCUGCCCGUAUAUAGAGACAACCUUUUAAUUAAAUGGUGUGUUAAGAACGGGAUUAUAUUUAUUAUUUUGUAACUUAUGUUCAAAGAUCAUUGCUACUUUUGUAUCGACAGUUACUUUGUGGAGAUAAACUUUUACUUCGGCUGCAGAAAAUAUGUAGCAAGGCCGGCCUGCUAAA